UGGGAACUGAAAACAACAACAACAUAUGGGUAAGAACAUGGGAUAAAAGCCACUUGUAGUGCGGUGUAAUACACUGAGAGGGAGAAGCAAUUUGGAAAAGAAGGAACAGGUAAGGUUGCCACUAUUAUUAUUAGUAUUAGUAUUAGUAUUAGUAUUAGUAUUAGUAUUACUGUUGCAGCUGCCGCUAAUUCCACUACUGUUGCUGUUGCUGCUGUUUAUGAAUGAAUGUAUACCUCACCAAAUACCCCUGAUGAGACCCUCAUGAGUCCCUCAUGAGCUGAACUGAAAAAGAUGAGAAAUGCCCACACGGUGCAAACAAGACCUCUCUGUUUUAUUCCCUAGGGUAAUUUACAAGCUUUUCGAUUGGAGCAGUCAUGUCCAAACAGCACCUCUUCCUUGCAGCCUUCCUCCUCCUUCUCCUCCAACUUCCACCAACAACUCCCAGCCCCUGCCAAAUAUUCCACAGAUCCAUCUGCAUGAAGCAGGACAGCUUUGUGCCCGGCCACAGCUUCAUUGGCGAGGGGGUGGACAUCACCUCACUGGAGAGAAAGGGAGCGUUUGUGGUGGACACCAGCCAAUGGCAGGGCCCCAACGGGACGUGCAUCCUCUGCCGGAAUCCCUUGAUGAAGGGGAAGCUGCAGAAACUCCCCUUGGCUGGCGUGGACUGGCGAGUACUUCAUACGUGUCAUCAGGAUGUCAGCAGCUCCAUUGAGAAUUUGGAUGUGGAUGUCGCAAAUUCAGUGGCCAAGGAGGUGAAGAACGACUGGAAAGCAGAGCUGGGGUUAGGCACAGUGUUAAGCAAAGCAGGGCUGGAGCUGCCUAAGAUGCGGGUGGCCCUUGCUGGAUCUCACUCCCGGAUGGCUAUUUAUGCACAUGAGAAAUCCCGCCAGGACAGCCAUAUUUUUGUGAGGCAAGAGGUCUCCUGUGCAUACUACAGGUGAGCACCAGUACCCUACAGAGCCAUAGUUGGCUGGUCAGAGUAAGUAAUAAGAUAAGAGCCAGUGUGGUGUAGUGGUUAAGAGCGGUAAGACUCGUAAUCUGGUGAACCGGGUUCGCGUCUCCGCUCCUCCACAUGCAGCUGCUGGGUCACCUUGGGCUUGUCCCACUUCUCUGAAGUCUCUCAGCCUCACUCACCUCACAGAGUUUGUUGUGGGGGAGGAAGGGAAAGGAGAAUGUUAGCCGCCUUGAGACUCCUUAGGGUAGUGAUAAAGCGGGAUAUCAAAUCCAAACUCUUCUAUAGGGGUCCUUGAUAGAGACAGCCCGUUUCGUUGAAGUGCAAUAUGCUGUAAAGUUACCAACAUUUGACAGCAGAAAAUUGAUACAUGUGUUUUAGGUAAAAUCAGUGUUUUUGUGCUUCUCGUUUUCUGAGUUGCAAGAAUUUCAAGGAAGCCUUUACGAGGGGAAGAAGUAUCUUUGGGAGGAGGAAGAACACCUGACUCCCCCCAAAGUAGCCAGGGAACUGUAGUUUCCCCCUCACAAAGCUACAAUUCCCAGCACCCUUAAUAAAUAACAAAUUUCAGGAUUGUUCAGGAUGAAACUCUGAAUUGGCAAAUAUAUGUUUUGUUCUAAUAUGGGGAAAUUGAAAUGCUUAAUAGAUAUGGAGCAAUUAAUUUCAAGGCCAGCAAUGGCAUAAAAACCAUAUAAAUUUUCACAAAGGGGAGAGAUUGCUCGCUUGGGAUUGGACAACAUUACAAUGAUGUCAUUAGCAAAUGAACCUAUGGAAUGUUCUACUCCCAGAAUGCAUACCCCCUUGAUAUUAGAAGUGGAUCUAAUUCUUUUAUCCAGAGUUUCUAUGACAAAUGCAAAUAGCACUGGGAACAAACAAUGCCCUGACUUCUCUUAAAGUAGAUAACCCAUUUGUGACUGUUUCUGAUGACAACCCCAAGUAUUGUUGGCCAAUUAAGUAUAAAAUUGUUUCCUGAAAUAAAAAAUAAUAAUUAAAACAACAUUUCCAGAAACACCCAUUACACACUGUCAAACUGUGAAUGUGUCUAGAGAGAUAAAUAAUUUCCAAAUUCUUUAUCUUUACCCUUUGGAUCACGUCAACAAUGUUCCGUCUAGGAAUAAAGCCUGUCUGAUCAGUAGAUAUAAAUAAACUAAUAUGUGCAUUUUAUCCUGCAAACUAUAACUGCCAAUAACAAUUUAUUAGGCUGCGUCCCUGACCAUUGGCCAUGCUGGCUUGGGCUGAUGGGAGCUAGAAUAAAAAAAAAUAUGGACUCCUCAGGCUUCUCUUCUGUCAUACAGAUGGAAGUAUGUGGUUGUGGAUAACACUAUUUAUCUUUGCUUAUUCUGCUCCUCCUUUUUUCUUCUUGAGCAGGCUGAGACUCCGCCAUAGACGCUCACUCCUAGCCUCCCAUUUCUCCCGCGCUCUGGCCAGUCUGCCAAGGAGGAAUAACUCUGAGGAAUACCAGCAUUUUAUUGACAUCUAUGGCACCCACUACAUCAGCAAUGUGCAGGUGGGCGGGCGAUUGCGCCACCUGCUGGCUGUGCAGACAUGCAAGAUGGCCCUGUGGGGGAUUACCGCUUCCAGCUUUGAGAGCUGUUUGGGCUGGGAGGUUUCUCUGGGACACAAGUGGUUAUUCGGGUCCGCUUCCCUGAGUUCUAAGUGUGAAGAUCUCCGGAGGACUUACACUCGUGGAAUCUUCCACGAUGCUUACGCCAAGCAGCGCACUGAAAUUGUGGGAGGAGAGAAGCGAGCAGAGAUUCUCUUCUCUAAACCUGGAGCCCAGAACUUCUCUGCAUGGAUGGAGAGUGCAAAAACAAAGCCUGGGCUGGUUUCCUAUUCUCUCCUACCCUUGCACACCUUGUUGAACCAGAGAGACCCAAGGAGGGAUUUGCUGAAGCAAUCCAUUGUGAACUAUAUAAACCAGAGAGCCCUGAAGAGGAACUGUUCACAACCGUGUCCACGCUGGAGCUCUCAGAGCUCAGAUGAGGAAUGCACCUGCCGCUGUCAUCACGGCAGCUUCCACAGCAAUAUGUGCUGUGCCUGGGAGCGGGGCAGAGCACAUCUCAAAUUUAUUGUUCACAGAGGAUACAACCUUAGGGGUAACUGGUUAGGUAUCACUGAUGGUUAUGUCAAAAUUUUCUUCCACGGUCAGGAAAGGAGGACCAUCGUCAUCCCACAUAACAAUAACCCCUGGUGGACUGAACCUAUUGAUUUUGGGGCUGUCACACUGUCAGGCCACGACGUCUUUGAGGUGCAGCUCUGGAACAAAAACCUGCGGGGUGAUCGUAUUUUAGGCCACUGUGGCCAUAACCUGCAGGCUGGAGCUGGUACUGUCUGGCACAAAUGUCCUGCAACACAUGGGCACUUUGAUUAUUAUUACACGCUGGUUUGUGGUCACACAUUGAGUGGCCCUUCCUGUCAUAAUUACGUCCCCUUACGGCUGCCCACUUCUUAUUUCAAUUAGUUCCCUCCCCAACCAUCCUUUUCCAUAUGUUUCAGGACCUUAUGCUGAAGAAGUAGGCAGGUUCAUUGAAAAAAUCAGCCAAAGUUACUUAACAG